UCCAGUGGCGCCAUGUUCCGUGGAGCUGACCAGUACAACUUCGCCAUCCUCCUGCCCGGGGCGGGCCUGCAGUGCUACUGGCACUUUGCACAUCAGAGCGGCCGCUUCUACCUGACGUACAUGGUGCAGUGGGCGAGUGGGAUGUCUGCGGACAGACGGCUGCAUGUGGCGGUCCUCUCUCCUGAGGGCAUACAGGUUGCAACGCUGGACGAGGCCUCGGGUCAGAUCAACUUCCAGACCCAAGUGACAGGUUUUUAUCAAAUGUGCUUUCUGAACUUCAUGAACAAAUUUGGAAAUAUGCAAGUGUACCUGGACUUUGGAGUGUACUACGACGACCUGAGGGGUGUGAACAGUGAGGAUGAGGAGGCGAGGAAAGACGAAGAGCAGCUGAAUAGCACCAUCUCCAGCAUCCAGGUGAGCUCCGACAAACUGAGGACAUAUGUUGUCCACAUGUGGCGAUUCUACAACUACGGGCGCAUGAAGCGAGCCACAGAUUACUACCUGCUGCUGUCCAACUCCAGCUACAUCAGCUGGUGGUCAGCGGCCCUGAGCGCGGUCAUCCUCACCGCCGGAUACCUGCAGCUCUUCAUCAUCAAACGCCUCUUCCACUCGCACACCAACAAGCCGCGCUGCUGAAGAGUCCACUCACACUCACACACUGCUGAGUUCAGUUUCUCACAAAUGCCAACAACUUCAUGUACUAUAAGUGUUUAAAAAGGAAUACAGAUAUAUAGAAAGCUGUUCUACAGUAUCUAUCAGUUCAUCAGUUAUAAAUUGCUUGAACAUGGACAGUCUUCUUCAUACAUCCGUCUGAAGCAUUAUAUAAUAAUGUCUUUUUUAGAUUAAAUAAAGCUGAGAAUGAUGGAAUGUGCAAAUAAAAUAAAG